AACCUACGCGCAAGCAGUCGGCUGCCAGGCAGGUGUUAUGGUGUCCGUGGGAGGAUUCUCGCCGAAAAAAACGAUUCCGGUACGACCACGGCGUCUGUGACUGCGCGUUAAACCUCCGAGCGAUCAACACGACGAACACCGGUACUUUGGAAGUCGACGCGUCGCCACGUAAGUCGCGAAUCCGCAACGAGUUCCGGGCCCAGCUUGCAGCUGGCCAAGUGACGUUCGCCAGGCCAGCCAGCUCUCUCCCAUUCAAUCGCCGGAGGUCUCAUUCAAUCUCCCCGCCGACCAUGGGCGCCCGUGAACUACUUUCGCGCUCGGUUGUACAGGGGCCUCGCCGCUCCUGACGUGGACGGUGUCCGCCAAAUGGGCGCGGACAAUGGAGCUUCGAGUGCCUCUCAUCGAUAACCGGGAAUCCACGGGUCCCCCGCCUUCUUCUUCGAUAAUGAAGAUGCAAGAUUGGGUGAUGAGUUCGGGCCGACUGCCGACGGCCUACCGCAUCGGCAACUCCACCCUCCGCUGCCAGGUCAACUUCGUAGUCGCCGUGGCUCUCACGGGCAUCACCUGCCUGCUUCUCAUGUACGCCCUGCUUCCCUGGGGCAAAUAUCACAUCCUGGAGGACCACAUAGACGGCCCCGGACACGAACACGGACAUCAGCACAUCCUGAAGGAGUACCUGCCGUACAACGACACGUACCCGCUUACGAAGCCCAUCGUGUACGGACGCAAGGUGCGAUACAAGAUCGCCUGCAUCACCGACUUGGACACCGAGUCCAAGCUCAAAGGAACCGAGAACACUUGGGUGAGCUACCUCAAGGUCGGCUACCUUGUGGUGGACAAGACCAUGAGUGAAGUGAGUAUAGAGUGGGAGGACGGCAUGACCAUGCUCAAGGGACAGUUCGCCAUGGGAGGACGCGGCAUGGAGCUCUCGGAGCUGGUGGUGUUCAACGGCAAACUCUACACCAUGGACGACAGGACUGGGGUGGUGUACGAGAUAAGGGACAACAAGGUGAUACCGUGGGUGAUGCUCACAGACGGCAACGGGGAAGCACCCAAGGGUUUCAAGAGCGAGUGGGCGACCGUGCGAGAAGGCGUCCUGUACAUAGGUGGGCUGGGCAAGGAGUGGACGAACAGCAAGGGCCACGUGAUCAACCACGAUCCCCAGUGGAUCAAGGUCGUGACCCCGGGCGGUCGCGUGGAGCACCGUGACUGGCGAGACAAUUACCGGAGGCUGUGCGAGUGGGCAAAGUAUGGACCCCCAGGCUACAUGAUCCACGAAGCCGUCGCGUGGAGCCACCACUUCGGCGAGUGGUUCUUCCUUCCGCGCCGUGCGAGUACCACAGCGUACAACGAAGUCGAGGACGAAGAGAAGGGCACCAACCUGAUGCUGCGCACGGACCCGCAGUUCACUCGCGUCCGCGUGACACAGGUCGGCCCUUUGUUGCCGACCCACGGCUUCUCGUCAGUCAAGUUCGUGCCGAGCCUGACGCGCUCGGACCGGGACAGCCUCAUCCUCGCGCUCAAGUCGGAGGAGUACAAAGGAAAGACUGCAUCGUACAUUACUGUGAUUCGCGUGGAGGAUGGGAAGGUGCUCUACCCCGAGACCAAGAUAGGCGACUACAAGUUCGAAGGGGUGGAGUUCAUCUGAUGACUCGACAGACGGCUUAUCGUCAAGUGUUACCCUGUGUGUGUUCUGUAGCCUUGUGAAGCCGGUAAAGGUAAUCUUCGUGUGAGGCUGCUUUAAAUUUUGACUUUCGAGCUUUAUCGACAUUCUCACGUCUUCCCCGCUUACUACUGCAGUAAGAUAUCCUCACCUCUUCAUAAUUGCUUUUGAUCAUAUUACCACUUAUCCAAAAAAAAACUGAACGUCUCGUGACGCUAAAAUUACUGUUCGAUUGCCAAAAUUCAUGUGGGCCAUCAGUUUCAAUGGCCUGUCACUCCCACUACAUGAAAAAGAGCUUUUGCCUCUUUGUUCUUCAGUAUCAAAUUUUCUUCGCACUAAAGCCUGUCCUUUAAGUAGCAUUUGUACAACGUUACGUCUUUUAUCGGCUUCACAAGGCUGCGUCUAGAUAUGCGUAAGCUAAAUCCUUGCUUCCAACGUGCUGAGUUUUAAGAGGCAGUUUGGUUUGGCAACGCCUAAUGGAAACGACGCCAAAACCCUGAUUUAAUAUGCUUGUGGCUUCUUCAAGCGAGCCAUUAACCAAGUUCUGUGGCUAUACAUUCAAUGACUAACCAAUUGGAGAGAAAAAAAGUGCACUUUUGUGGCAAUUUGUUACUGUUGUUUGUUAUGCCGUAAAGGCUUUGCAUUGUGGGACGGGACUUGUGGGAAGUUAAAAUAUGCAAGGAAACUGCCACCAAUGUAUGUAUAAAGUGAAAGUGAAACCUACCUUCGCUCGCUGAGUGCAAAGGGACAAAUCUUUUUUUUUUUGCCUUUGACCGCCGAGGUUGGUGAAACUUUUUCUAGUCAUCAUUUCCUAUAUUCCUGCGUGCGUUCCCCGUUGCAUAGCGUGAAGCAAAGAGCCUCAACGUUUUUUACCUGAACCUGUUUGAUGUCCUCUCCGGUUUAAUGCAACAGACAAAAUGCUUCGGAAAUUUCUGGCUUUUCGCCGAUGGCAGCUACUGUAAUAUUUGCAUUGGCAAAGCUUGUUGGUACUACUGUUUUCGAGAUUCAUUACGAAACACCCUGUCACUGGUACCGGUACCAGUUUUGUGGUACCAGGCAUCUGUGUCGUCAGGGUUCCUUGUCACUGACCAUACUUCCCUGGCUUGAUAUGUACCCAGUAGUGACCAGUUUGUCGGAGUGUUUUCAAACCUGUUAUGAGACACCCUGUCAUUGAAAGUCUUACUAUUUCUGUGUAUGAAUAGCUAAGUAGUGUCACGGCAGGGCUUAUCAGCUAUGGUAUGACAGUGCUGGUGUAGCGGCUUGUCGUAAACUCUUAAAUACUAGGUAUUUUCCUUCAUGCAGCAGGUAAAGCAUUCAUUCUUACAGCUUCAUUAUGACAAGUCGUGUCCAUUUUGAAAAAUUGAUGUUUCACACUUAAAGCAGCUGGUUCAGUGCUAUGGCGGAACUGUAUUUGUUUAUGUAUAGUAGUUGAUAUCAAAACUUUCUAAAGUGCAGCUUUAGCAAAGGAAAAGCCAAAUUUUAGUGCCCUCUGAUUUUUUCCAGUUUCCGGUACAUUUAACGAAACACUCUAUUGAUAAUGUAUGCGCCAGUACAAGCUGUAUUACAUGCUGAAUGCCCUGGCUCAUGAAAGUAUUUAAGCUCUUUCUCAGAUUUUACCCACCAUAGACUUCAAACAUGUAUUGUACAGACGAUUUGAGACGAAGUUUCAGUCUUGUGCCGAUGUUGACUCGAACCGUGUGUGAAAAGUGUGUGCCUUCGAACUGUCCAGUACAGAAAAGACUAAACAUUGUGUCGGGCGUGUGUGACGUGCUUUGCAGCGCCUGCACGGGCCCAAGUGAAGAGAGAUCUGCAAAAAUUUGUUUCGAAUGUGAUGUGUUGUUAGGUUUGUACAGAAGAUGCUGAUCAAAAGGCUUUUGUAUACAUAGUACAUGUUCAGUUCAUAGGCUGUCUACUUGCAGGAAACGGGACGUGCCGUUUCUUGUCUCCGUUCUUUUCUUUCCUUUCAACAUAUCAGCAUGUGCAGAUGCCCACAGAGUUGUCGGCUGAUAGAGACCACAAAAGAGCUCGUAGGUUAUAUUGGAUUGAUUGAGUGAUUGCAAUGUUCUCACACCUGCAAGGGUAUGGAGAGGAUUUAAUUUGUGCAGUGAUUAGGUUCAUUAAUUCACUCUGUGCUUCCUUACUGGCAGCACACUGCCAUAAUCACUGUACUGUCAUCUAAUGACAAUGACAAUGAGAUGAUAAUGAUAACUCCUGCGGUCAAUUUUGCACAUUUAAGGAGUGGGGGAGCACUGUGGAACCACAGAAUGUGUGAUUUGUAUAGAAGUUAAACUCGUAAGAUUAGAUGUUGGUAGCAAGUGUAGUGUUCUUUACAGACAUUUGUACAUACUAGUUCUAGCAAUAAUGAUUUUCUUGACACCUAUCCCCUGCCUUUUUACUCUUUAACGCUGCUCACAGAGCUCACAUUGUACUUGUUAUUGAAUUUAAUUUAGAGUAAAUUAGCACUGCUUUCCGGAUUUUGUGCUGAUUUGAAAUUUGCAUUGAAAAAGUAUGUUGCCCAGUUAUGUAGGCAAGGUUGGCACUCGCACUAACACAGAUAUUGAUAGAUCUGAUGUGCUUGGGAGCUGUUUGUUAUAAAGAUAAUAGCAAAUGCAUUUGCUUGUCAAAAGAAUCCAAAAAUGUAAUUUUCAACGCUUUUUUUUCUGUAAUUUUCAGCGACAAAUGCUCUUCGUCUGCCCAUGCUUUUUUCUAUAACCAAGUAUGAAGCCUGAUGCACGCAACUUUACAUGAAGUACAUGCAAAGCUAUAUUCUAGAGUGCUUGGAAAAGUUUCUGUUUGUCGUUUUUAUUGCACAGAGUUCGCUGCACAUGCUGUGUUCUCAGUGACUGCAAGGCUUUCUUGAUUAUUUUAUUUUGUGUUAAUCGCCACAGAUUUAACCUAAAACUCAUGAUGGCAAUGUUGGACACCCAGAAAAACCAAUCGCAGUGUCACCUUCAAUGGUGUAGUGUUGACUGAUCUAGCUACGCUACCCACUUGCCUCAAUUGUGCAGCCUUCCUAUAACCUUCUAAUCACUCCAUCCUCUGAUGAUCCUUCGUUCUGAUGCAUACAGAUUCGUACGGACAUACGGAAAUGGAUUCAUACGGACAAGCCAACUUCACUAUGUAAUGCACUCAGCAGCAAAUUUUUAUUCGCAUUAUGCAUCACACAAACAGCUUCUGUCAUCCUGCAUUCACGUGAAAAUUGGGAAGCAAGACACACGGGAUGAAACCAUAGCUUCAACCAUUGCAUUCCUUCAGUUCGUCAGGAACUCCAUACCACAUUUUGCUGUGCGACAUUGAAAAUUGUCAGUUUCCCCCUGAUAUCAGUUCAUUGAACAUUGGGAUUGAAGCCAGUGCUACGGUGUCAUUCUUUCCAGAAAGAUUCCAUCUCGUCGGUGUCAUCCACACUUCCAAUCAUGCGUGAUCGAUUUGCCCAAUCAUGUGCACUGGUUCAGUGUAAACUUACUCUUAGAAUCCUCUGCACACAUUGAUGAGGGAUGUUAAGCACCCUAGUUUUGCCUACAAUCGGGUUUCAACUCUAAAAACAAUGUCUUUUGGGAAUCUUAAUGCACGGGCAUGGUGAAAUUGCCCCUUCACAGCAUUCUAGUCACCAAUCGGCAGCAGGUGCUUUAAUGUUCAUAUAUCUUGGAUUUUCAGAUUACCACAUGGCCUUUUUGAUAGUACGAUCUUGGCCAGGAUAAUGUGAUGAUUGUAUUCCAGUGCUAUUCUUUCUUUUUUUUUGCUCUUCGUUAGUGGUCUAGCUGGUACUCUUGACUCCCUUUUCAUCAUGUUGGGCAACCAUGAACAAUCAGUGAUAAGGGAAUAGAGUCAGUUGAAUUGAAUUGCUGGCCCUUAUUUCUUCCUUUGGCUUCAGUGCAUUAGUUGCACAUGAAGUUCAGAGUGGCUUAAGUAAAUUGUCAGCUGCACUACUUGAGUGGGCAUCAAGCUGAUGUUAUGAAGUAGCUUAAGGCACAAGCAUCGAAUUUGUGAAACAAAUGCUUGUUGGAUUGUUUGUUGAACUGCGAAACUCGCCUGAAUUUCUUUUCCCCAUUUUUGAAGCACUGGGCAGUACCUUUCUUGAUAACCUUACAUAAGCAUUUAAAGCUAUUGCUUCUUUUUUGCAGUGUUUUGUGUUCAGGUGUGGGUUGUUCUGUCAGUGCUUUAGUGGCUUGAUCAUCAGCAGUUAUAAAUAAUUAUUUAUGCAUCAUUUUGCCAUUAGCUCACCUGACACAGCUUUUGUUGGAACAUUGUGCUAACAGUGGUAGUCCUAUCGUGGACUUGCGUAAGUUCAUCUCGGUUUCUUGGGAUGACCAGGGUAGCGCAUCUUUAACCAGUCGCCUUCGCAUGCCUCUCAAAAACCACAAAAAUCACAAUAGACACCAACCGUUACCUGCAAACUGUGCACUUGCUAGCAGAAACGCGCAUUUGUUCUUUGGGACAUGUACUUUGCUUAGCUGUGGCACUGCAAAAGGAAUAUGAGUGUCAUUUUUGCUGCACUGUCAUCAACAUGCCACAGUGACAAAAAUAUUACAGCAGUAAUAAUUCAAAUGCAAUGUAACUUUUCUUUGCACCGCUUCCUCACUUGUCGGUUUCCACUGGCCGAGGUGGACUUUUGUUGAACGUUUGUUGAACAUUAAAAGUUCAUGCAUUGUUUCAGUGUUUUAGUACUUGUAUUAUCAGACAGUGGUGUGGAAUGUAGGGAGUGACAUUUAGCACUGUAUCCUCCUAAUACCAAAGGUAGCGUGUCAUAAAAUGAGAGGAGGCAGAACUGUUGCAAAGUAUACGUUGUUCCACACAACAUUAACCCCUUACAUUGCAGGCACAGUAGGUAAACAGCUUUCAUGUAAAGGGCUCACACUUCUCAAUAACAUAGACAUCUGUGGCUAUGUAACGUGCAGUGCUCCUCUACUGCAUUGCACUCAAGUACAGUAGACUCCUGUUAAACGAAAGCUGAAGGGACCAGGAGAAUCUGUUUCAUUUAACAGGAGUUUCGUUUACUGAGAGAUGAAAAGGGGUGCAGAAUUCAAGCACAAAACCAAUCAUGUUAGAGGCAGUUGUUCCAUUUAAGCAGCAAUUUCAUUUAAGAGAGUUUCGUUUAUUGAGAGUCUACUGUAUUCAUGACUGGAAAAUUGUCCCGCAGAGGAAACAAUAAGAUGAAAUACAUCAUAAUAGGUGAACAUAUCACCUAGCCUGUUGUAAAAUUUGUGUUUCAUCCUGCUGCCAUGUUUCGUCAUGGUAUAGCUAUCCUACUCCAACACUAAUAAACAUUUUGUACAUUACAAGCCUA